CCCGGAUGCUAAUUUUUCUUCACGGCUAGCAAGCUAGUUUUCGGGCUACCGUUAUCAAAUAAAAGGUGUUCGUCUGCUGAAAAUACGGGCUUAUACUCAUAAAAUACACGCAGAGCCGCUUCUCAAAAUCAUGCCGAGCACUCAAUGAAGCAUCACGGUGACGAUGGCUGUGGUGUCAUGGAAGGAAACGUGUCUGCUGGCUGUGCUGGUGAUGGGCUGCUACUGGAACAGCCUGCUGUGCGGCUUCGUGUUCGACGACGUCUCCGCCAUCUUGGACAACAAGGACCUUCGGCCCUCCACGCCGAUCCAGAACCUGUUCCUCAAUGAUUUCUGGGGGACCCCCAUGUCGGAGGAGCGGAGUCAUAAAUCCUACAGGCCGCUCACUGUGCUCACCUUUCGCCUGAACUACCUGCUGAGCGAGCUGAGUCCAGCCUCCUACCAUCUGUUCAACGUGGUUCUUCACGUGGCCGUGUGCGUCCUCUUCCUGCGCUUCUGCCGCCUGCUGAUGGACCGGACCACCAGCCUGGUGGCCACGCUGCUGUUCGCCGUCCAUCCGAUCCACACUGAGGCUGUCACGGGCGUCGUGGGCCGAGCCGAACUGCUGUCCUCUAUCUUCCUCCUGGCGGCUUUCCUGGCGUACACCAAGUCGAAAGGCCCGGAUCGCUCCAUCGUGUGGACGCCCAUCGUUCUGACGGUGUUGCUGGUUGCCGUAGCGACUCUGUGUAAGGAGCAGGGAAUCACCGUGAUUGGGAUUUGCUGCGUGUAUGAAGUGUUUGUAGCUCAAGGGUUCACCUUGCCCUUGCUGAUGGAGAUGGUGCUGCAGGUGGUACGAGGGAAGGACAUGUUUCCAUACGCCGUGCUGCAGACCUUGCUGAAGCUGAUGGUGCUGGUCAUCAGCACGCUGCUACUGGUUAUAGUGCGAGUGCAGGUCAUUCAGUCGCAGCUGCCCGUCUUCACCAGGUUUGAUAACCCGGCCGCUGUCAGCUCCACGCCGGCCCGCCAGCUCACCUUCAACUACCUGCUUCCUGUCAACGCCUGGCUCCUGCUCAACCCCUCAGAGCUGUGCUGUGACUGGACCAUGGGCACCAUUCCUCUGGUGGAAUCUUUGCUAGACCCACGCAAUCUGGCAACCCUGGCCUUUUACGUGCUGCUGGGCCUCCUGGCCUAUCACAGCCUGCGCCACGCCCACAGUUCCGCCAAGACCGUCCUCAUGGCUCUCUCUCUGCUCGUCCUCCCGUUCAUCCCAGCGUCCAAUCUCUUCUUCCCCGUGGGCUUUGUGGUGGCCGAGCGUGUGCUUUACGUCCCCAGCAUGGGCUUCUGCGUCCUGGUGGCUCACGGCUUCAGGAGCCUGGCUUCACGAGGGACUCUGAAGAAAGUCUCCUGGUUGUUUAUGGGCGUUCUUCUAAUCACGCAUGCUUUGAAGACCUUCUACAGGACCUGGGACUGGGAGUCGGAGUACACAUUGUUCACCUCUGCCCUAAAAGUGAACAAGAACAACGCCAAGCUCUGGAACAACGUCGGACACGCUUUGGAGAACCAGAACAAUUAUGAGCGAGCGCUCAGAUAUUUCCUCCAGGCUACAAGAGUACAACCAGACGAUAUCGGCGCUCACAUGAACGUCGGGAGAACGUACAAGAACCUCAAUCGCUCCAAAGAAGCCGAAGAGGCGUACCUGGUGGCCAAAUCUCUCAUGCCACAGGUUAUUCCAGGAAAAAAGUAUGCUACUCGCGUGGCCCCUAACCACCUGAACGUCUACAUCAACCUAGCAAACCUGAUCCGAGCCAACGACUCGCGGCUGGAGGAAGCAGACCAGCUGUACAGGCAAGCCAUCAGCAUGAGGCCUGACUUCAAACAAGCCUACAUCAGCAGAGGUGAACUCCUGCUGAAGAUGAAUAAGCCCGGCGAGGCGAAGGACGCCUACUUGCGCGCGUUAGAGCUGGACCGUACCAACGCCGACCUGUGGUACAACCUGGCCAUCGUUAACAUCGAGAUGAAGGAUCCUUCAGAAGCCCUGAGGAACUUCAACCGCGCGCUGGAUCUCAACCCACGUCACAAGCUCGCCCUUUUCAACUCGGCACUGCUCAUGCAGGAAUCCGGUGAGGUAAAGCUCCGCCCUGAAGCCAACCGCCGCUUCCUGAGUUACGUGGCAGAGGAACCCAACGAUGCCAACGGCUACUUCAACCUGGGCAUGCUGGCUAUGGAUGCUGAGGAAAACGAAGCGGCAGAACGUUGGAUGCGUAAAGCCAUCGCGCUGCAGCCCGGCUUCCGGAGCGCCCUCUUCAACCUGGCACUGCUCCUGGUGCAGGGGAAGCGCGAGCGUGACGCCCUGGCCGUGCUGGACGAGCUUCUCCGCCACCACCCCGAGCACUCCAAGGGCCUCAUCCUGAAAGGCGACAUCCUCAUGAACCAGCUGAAGGACACGCAAGGCGCACGAGAAGCCUUCGAGCGCAUCCUGCGUUCUGACCCGGGAAACGUUCAGGCCAAGCACAACCUGUGUGUG